AUGUUAAAUACAAUCAGUUCGAUUGGUAACAUUCAAAGAAAAAAUCCAUCACAAAUAUUAUUCAAAAAUUCUCAAUAUCAAUUGAAUAUAGAACAUCCUAAAACUGAAUACUUCGCUUUUACAAAUAAGAGUCCAUCACUUCGUUCUGUUGAUCAUCAGUCAACACAAUCCAAUAGUGAUCAUGCUUUAGAUGAUAAUGAUCAAAUAAGAAAAAUAUUGAAUUCGAGCAGCACACUAAGUCAUAUUACAGUAAUUGAUGAUCAUCAUAGUACAACAAAGAAUGAAUAUCCAUGUUCAUUGACACAAAUGUUACUUGCAUAUGCACAACAAGAUAUAGAAAUAUUGACAAGUCUUGCACCAAAACGAUCAGAUAAUAGUCUUAAUAAUAUAUUGAAUGUACUUGAACUACAUUUUAACAUGUAUACUAAUGAUAAACAAGAAAUAUAUUUCGAAGGUAUCUUUCAAAUUUUACAUGAUUUUAAAGAACAAAUUACUGAAUUAACAUUAAUUGAAACAAUGCAAUUAUUACAGAUUGAUCCUUUUGCUUCAUGUAAUUUUGAAAAUUUUAUUCUUAUUCUAUGUCAUUUACCACCUAUUAAACAAGAUCCGAAUAAUUUUUUCAUUACAUUCAAUGAACUUGACUAUAAUAAAGAUUUGUAUAUAACUUUUGAAGAUAUUCAAUAUGUAUUAUCACAUCUGACAUCUCGUUUUGAUGAAGAAAUUAUUCGUGCAGCAAUUCAUACAAUAGAUAUCGAUCAUGAUCAGGAUCGUUUAUCAUAUUUUGAUUUUGUCACGAAUUCAACAGUGCCUUGUUCUAUUCCAUCGUUUUAUCCAUCAGGUGUUAUCGUUGCUGGUACAAGUAGUACCGGUUCUCAACCUCAACAAUUGAAUUUACCUUAUGAAUUAUAUGUUGGUUUAAAUGAUUCAGUCUAUGUUGGUGAUGUUGGAAAUGAUCGAAUUCAGUUGUGGUUAUCAGGUGCUAUUCUAGGAAUUACUGUUGCUGGUGGACAAGGUUAUGGUUCAAAUGCUACCCAAUUAGAUGGUGCUCGAGAUGUCUAUGUUGAUUCAGCUUACAAUUUAAUUGUCUUAGAUACAGGAAAUCGACGUAUACAACAAUAUAAUCUAUUGUCUGGUUCGACAAUUGGUACAACUAUUAUGUCAAAUUUACCAUUGAGUUGUCGAAAUAUGUUUGUUGAAUCAACAACUGGUACAAUUUAUUUAUCAGAUAUGUACAAUCAUAAUGUUCGUCGUAUGCCAAAUGGAACAAUUCUAGCUGGAGGAAAUGGAUUUGGAUCACAAUCAAAUCAAUUAUAUUAUCCAGCAGGUCUCUUUGUAACACCGACAGGAACAAUCUAUGUUGCUGAUUCUUUCAAUGAUCGAGUACAAAUGUGGACAUCCGGUGCAAGUGUUGGUAUUACUGUUGCUGGUGGAAAUGGUCGUGGUUCAGCAGCUAAUCAAUUAAAUUCACCUAUGCAUGUCAUUUAUAUGGCAUCAACUGGUAAUUUAAUUGUAACUGAUAGUGGAAAUGGACGUAUUCAAAUUUGGGCACCCAAUGCAACAUGUGGUAUUACGAUUGUUAGUAAUCAAUUUAUGUAUCCGAUGUCUAGUGCAUUGGAUUUAAUGGGUCAAAAUUUAUACGUACUUGAUCAAGUACGUGGUCAAGUCAAACGAUUUAAUCUUCUAUCAAGCAACAGUUUAUGUAUUCCUGCUAAUUGUUCUAUCAUUGCACCAUCAACAACUACUACAUCCGCAACAGUAGCAUCUAGCAUAUUUUCUACAGUAUCAGGAACUCAAGUCUUAACAACAGAACAAGUAGAUGGAGUAAUUCCAUCUUGGGGUAUUGUGGUAAUUACUGUUGGAACUGUAGGAUUGGUUGUAAUUGCAUCAUUCAUAUAUGUUCUUAAGACAAUAAUUACAUCACAAACGAAAGUCGAACCAUUUGUUUAA